CGCCUCUUCCCUCCUACAGCACGCGCGCGCCCGCCCGGCGGCCCGCCCUCGCGCUCGUUGUUGCUCUCGCCCCGCGGCGGAGGCGGCGCUGACGGGGACGGCGUUGCCGGGGACGGCGUUGCCGCGGCGCUCGUUGCAUCUCGCACGGAGAAUCUCAUCCAUUUCAAAAUGUCAUCAGUCAAGCAUCUGGUUUAUGCAGUCAUCCAUUUCUUGAGAGAGCAGAGUCAGAUGGAUACUUUCACUCCAGAUGAGCAAGAAAGUUUGGAAGUUGCAAUUCAGUGUUUGGAGACUGUGUUUAAGAUUAACCUGGAUGAUACUCAUCUUGCACCUCCCCAGCAUUUGAUAGAAAUGUUCACAAAUUCUUUUCACAAGAACAACAUGCUGCCUCUCUCUGAUGCUUUACCAGAGGAUGCUGAAAAGGCAGACCAGCUGAAGGAUGAAGGUAACAAUCACAUGAAAGAAGAAAACUAUGGUGCUGCAGUGGAUUGUUAUACUAGGGCUAUAGAACUAGAUCCCAACAAUGCAGUCUAUUACUGCAACAGGGCUGCUGCUCAAAGUAAGCUCAACAACUACAAUGAAGCAAUAAAAGAUUGUGAGAGAGCCAUAGCAAUAGAUCCAAAGUACAGCAAAGCGUAUGGGAGAAUGGGGUUGGCUCUGACCUCAGUGAAUAAAUACGAAGAAGCAGUAACCAGUUACCAAAAAGCACUGGAUCUUGAUCCAGAGAAUGACUCUUAUAAGUCAAAUUUGAAAAUAGCAGAACAGAAACUAAGAGACAUGUCCAGUCCUACUGGAACUGGACUGAGUUUUGACAUGGCAAGCUUGAUAAACAAUCCUGCCUUCAUUAGUAUGGCAGCAAGCUUAAUGCAGAAUCCUCAAGUUCAACAACUGAUGUCGGGGAUGAUGUCAAAUGCCAUUGGUGGCCCUGCUGCGGGUGUUGGUGGCCUGUCAGAUCUGUCCAGCCUGAUCCACGCGGGGCAGCAGUUUGCACAACAGAUACAGCAGCAGAAUCCUGAGCUCAUAGAGCAACUGAGAAAUCAUGUCCGGAGCAGAUCUUUCAGUGGCAGCACUGAAGAACAUUCUUGACUUAAAGGAGGCAUGUGAAUUGGAAUGGUACAUAACCCCCAAAUGCAUACCAUAGUUAGUAGCAAAAGCACCAUUGUAACUCUUCUGCUUGAAUAGAAGACAGAAAAUUCUUUGUGUGUGUUUGCAAACAAGAAUAAAUCUGUUAAACAGAUCUAUUGCACAUAACUUGAAACAUACUGUUUAUGUAAAGCUACUCCUCUAAAAAUUAAUACACUAAAUAGUUGGUGUAUUAAAAUCCCUAAGUACUAGUAAUUUUCUGUAUCUGCAUUAGAUUGAUCUCCAGGGCUGUUGUGUGGGGAUAUAUUUUAUAGUGCUCUGAUAUUUCAUAACAGCUUAAUUCUGAAAUCUUAGUGUAAAAGGCAUUUUAUUCUUACUGUGAAAAUCAUUAUGGCUGUACUACUCCUUGACAAGUACUGAAACAGUAGGCCCAUCUGAUGUGCCCCUUUCAAUGACUCCAAGUCAGUACUGGCAUACAGACUGUACUUGCAAGUGCUUGAAAAGUCUGAUUCUGAAUGCUGUGGAGGGACCAUCAUGAAAUAUUUUUCAACUUCAUUGGGCCAGGAGGGAGAGAGAUGAUUUCAUAUUAAGUACCACCACAAAUGGUAGAGAAAGAAGACACUAAUCCUGAAUAGGAUAAUACACAGAAACCAAACAGAACUUUUGAUUAUUAAAGAAGUUUUAGGCUUUUCUACUGCUAUGUAUACCCUCAAUUCAUGAGGUAGCCCUGGAGGUCAGCAUUAUGUCACUUUUCCUAGGCAUGGCAAACUGUAUUACAUUCUGUAUGUAUGCAGUAUUUAAUAGAAGCUUACAAUUCUUAACUGUAAUAAGCUAAAACUGAUCCUGUGGCUGUACAACUAAGUAGUACUGAAAAACUGUCCAAAAAAUACCUUUCUUAGAAAGCAGGAUUCUUUUUCUAUUCUUGUAUGUUAAAUCAUUGGCUUGAACAAUGAAUGAUUUUUUUCCCAAGUUUCAUUACACAUACCUGUUUUAAAUCAUGGUUAUAUGACCAAGGUAAUUAUUUUUCCACUAUAGUACUUACGUUCCUGCCCUGGCUAUUCUUGCUAAGUUACAUCUUACUCUUUUAGAGACCACUGUAUUAUUGUUAGCUUCUUUUAUGCUGCUUACUGUUCACACAACUCUCUGGUGCAAGAUAUACUUUUUUUUUACUCCAGGGAGGUUCUCAACAUUCCCACCCCUCUCUUUGUAUAUCAGAAUUCAUACGAGGAGCCUGCAUUGAUUCCUAAGUCAAAGUAAUCACUUCUGACCAGUUAGGCUGAAGAAGGUAUGUGGAAGAGUAGCAGUAGACUCCUCUCAGUGGACAAAAACAUAGAACGCCCAGACCUCAGACAUAUUUGAUUCAUCUUGUGGUCAAAAGCGGCACGAAAUGUAAAAUUUGUGUUUAAGUCACAAAUGCCAGUUGUACAUCUAUUAUAUGAGUCCUCCCCUGCUAAAACAGGGAAAUUGCAACUGAUCAAGGACAAAUUAAAAGGAUUAGAGAAAAAAAAAUAGGAAAUCCAUAUUACAAUCUCUUGAAUAAAGAGCUAGAGAUUAAUAGAACAAUCCAAAGACAUUUCAUACUUUAUUCAAUUCCUAUGUACAGCACUUAAAUGCUUUUGAAAAUCUAUAUAUUAAUUUUGUGUAGCUGUCUCUUUGAGGCUGUAGAGUGUAGAGAUACUCUUUACAUUAAAAUGCAUUUCCAAGCAGCAACUUCUGACUUAACACCUGAUGACAAAGAAUAAAACUCCUAACAGGAUCCUUUUUCAGAGGUAGUUCAGAUCCUGAAUAUAAUCAACUGAAGGAAACUGCUGGUUAAGUUCAGUUACAUUUUACAGGACAAGAUACCAUUUACAACAAAUAUCAAUGGAGGCUGUAGGUGGGCUACAACUACUGCACAAACAUUUCUCAGAAUAGCAUGUUGUGUCAGGAAAGAAGCAUUGCUCUUAGCCUAUCUCCUGUUGAACUUCACAGCUCCUUUUAGUAAUUUGUUCUGUGUGUUCAACUGCUCAAAGUGAGUUUUACAAGAACAAAUAAAUCCAGAGUGGACUGGACAGCAAUGCAGUAUCUCUCACACUCAUCUUUCUACCUUAAGACAGAAAGAAUGUCAAGAACCUCUUGAAAGUUCCCUAAGAACUACAAAAUGUGCUAAGACUGGCUGUAGAAGUUGUACUUGACCUACAGCUUAUUGGAUUUGUAGGAGAGUUAUUCCCAGGUUUAAAGAGAGUUAAGCAUUGGUUAGUUAAUCUGAAAACUACUCUUGAAAGUAUUAGAGUGGUAACUUCCAUUUAGCACACUACAAUAUUGUCAUUUAGGUUUUACUCCAAUACAGAUAAUAUGUAACCAGAGUAUUAAAACAUUGAUGGCAUUAGCUAAUUACGGGCUAUAUAGUUACAUAGCUAUUAGCUAACUGUGUGCUACAUAGGAAUGUGCUUCAACUGGCACAAUACUUGUAAACAAUCUUUGUUUCUUGUGUGUUAACAGAAAGGGCUUUAUAGCCUAAAUGAAAACAGCAAAACCAAUAACAGGAGCUCUCAUUAACAUGCUUUGCCAUUGAAACUGGGAACAGAAGGUUCAUUUAUGCUAGAGACUAUUUUGCCUUGAAUAGGUUAGAUUGUUUCACGGUCAUGCAGUAUGUCUAAAUCACAGGGUGGGGAAGGAAUCUUUUCCUGUGUAAUAACUGCACUUUAUUUUGCACGAAAAUUUUUCAUCCUGCUAGAUCACGUGGUAAACCACAGUCCCCAGAAACACUGUUUCAAGGUCAGUUGCAAUUUAUCAUUCAACUCAGAAAAUGUGCACUUAACACUAAACUGGAUUUAUAUCAUUACUAUUCUAUCAGCAUAUAAGUGUAAUAAUUAUUAGAGAAGAAAAGGUUUUGUACUCAAAUUGUAAACUGUAAUAUGCUUGCAUGGAAGUAUACUCUUGUAACUAUGCCUGAUCAUAAUGACAUCUAAUGAAAUAUUCAGCUUAGAAAUUGUUUCAGUUACAGUUUUGGUUUUGUAACAAGUAGAGAGUAAAAAUCACUCAUGCAUACUGAGAAAGCACUGGCUCUGCAGUUUUGGAUUCAUGCACUGUUCCAAGGGCUACAGAAAGUCAUACUGGUAAAAUGCAACUUGCCUACCAUUUCUGUACCUCUCCCACCUCUUAUCACCAUGUGAUUAUGUCUUGUUCAACUUGUGUCAGUUUAAGUUGAAAAUAGAUUAUAAAUAAAGUUAUUUACAUUUUUUGA